UGUUGCCGAUGUCCGUCGGGUCGGCCCUUUAGUGCUCUGCGAAACGUUGUCUGAUUCGGACGUUCGGCGUUCGUGUGAUUCGUGAUUUUGUUUUUGAGGUGCCGGAAUGAUCGCGCGGCGGUUGUCGCGAGUGUACGCGGAAAAAUCGGAAUCGCCCAGAUUUUUGCCUGUGCUGCAAGCGGCAUGAUGCUGAAUUGUUGUGCUGAUGUUGUGCUAUGAUGCGAAGGUGGACGGUAACAUAUGUUGUGCCGAUGGGAAGAAGCUCAAUGCGAUGCGGAUUCGAAGGCGCGAGGUUCUGAGCGGGUGAAAAGAAUUAGAUUUUUGGGAGUCAGUCAGAAGAUGCAAGGACGUUGUGAUCGGAAGCGAUUGUUUCAGGGCUGAUGAGAUUUGCGCGAUAGUGAAAGCCGAUUAUGAAAACAGUCAAGUGAAUGAAAUUUCGUUCGUCGAGACGACCGACAAUCAACGGGGUUAGGUGACAGUUUUUCGAUCAUUGAUAUCGAUUUUCAUGGGGACGUUGAGUGCACCACACUCAUGGAUGAUGAUAAUGUGGACUGCUGCUGGACAGGUGAUGAAGAAGAGCCUGUUGAGAACGGUGGUGCACCGCAGUGCAGGAUGCCCGGACCCGGUGUGCAGGUCGGAGUCGUAGGCUAAUGACGUCCUCGUGUCAGCAGAGUGUAGUGGGCAGCUGUUUGUGCCAGUUUUAGAGCUAGAAGCUCUUGUGAUGCACGUCUACGGCUAGGGUGUUUCCCGGUUUUGUGUUGCCAUUUUCCCGGGCUAUUGAUUUUCGUUUAUGUAUCGGGCUUUGAUUGAUGAUUUAUCAUUGCGGGGCUCAACGGAGAACGAAGUGUGUUCAGUGGAAAAGUUUGCGCUGCUGGUGCGAAGAAAAAUAGCAACUCCGCUGGGAGAGCUGCGUGCGAGUAUCGUGAGGAGCGGCAGAUGAAAGGAAGCGAUGCAAUAAGCCGGAAAAGCUCCAAAGAAACCCCUUCGAGGAAAAUCGAUCAAGAAGGAAACCGAUUAGUCGAUGUGUUGCUUGUGUUCAUGCGGGUAUGUGCCACAGCCAGCCGUAACUCGGCGAGAAAAGCCAGAGGAAGUUUGAUUUCGGAAAAUUUUCAGUUUGUGAAGUUUGCUUGUUUUUGUAUUGGUUGUAUUUUUCGCGUCAACGACAGCACCAUUCAACGACGACGUGCGGAAGUAAAGUGAUUUAAGUUGGUUUAUGUUCUUUAUUUUCGGUUCCCGUCCUGCAAGUUCUGUUUGUUUGAUUGAGUUGAAAAUUGCGAAAAAAGGAAAGUUUCCAGCGAAGAAAAAGCUAAGCAAUAAUUAGUGCACCGAGUGAAACUUGUUCCACGGGUUGAACCGAAGAACCGGAAGAAUUGAUAUUUGCCCAGACCCAAGAGAGAGAGAAGGAAGUUUUCCGAUUCCGGAGUGUUUGUUUACAUGCGGUCGGUCGGUCGCUGGCAAGAGGCCGACAACAUCGUUCAGCGUUCACCAGAGAUCUAGAUCAAGCAAAACACUUCAACGCUUCGAACCACAUCACAAGGAUCCAACACAGAACUCCCAUUCGCGAGUGUUCAUACGGUUGUGCUUAGAAGUAUCACCUUCAAUGAAAUAUGGUGUGUAGUGUUAGUUUAGUCAUUUCGUCUAGAAAUCAAUCGGCAGCACCGUGGCUAAUCACCUGAGGAUUUUGCCAUCAUCUUCGUCGUCGUCGCCCUAGUAGAAGUAGUAGUAGUUCUAGUAACCGCGGUAGCAGUUUCUCGUCGGUAAUCAUCGCGGGACGACUUUCAUGUGGGAAAUGUUGGAUCCGGAUCUAGAGUGUGGCAACGAAUGCGGCGGCCCGGGUCCACCUCCGGAGUUUCGGAUCCCGCCGCCACCGCGGCCCCCCUUUCUGGCCGAGCUGAGCAACUGCAACGAGGACGGUGGCGUUGGAGGGUCGGUGGCGGCCAUGCUCGGACCGGGCGGUUCGGCCGCUGCGUCCUUCAGCGAUGGCGACAUGUGCGACGUGAUACCGAUCCUCGACGCGAGCUAUCAUAGCAGUCCAUCAUUCCAAACAUCCGCCAUGAUUGUGCUGUGUUCAGUGCUACUAUUGUUAGUCAUUUUUAUAUCGUCGUUACUAGUGUGGAAACACAAACGGAAAGUUCAAAACUUCCUCCCCUGCAAAACGCCAACCCGGGGGCCGCCGCAUCAUUUGGACGCAACAGGUGUCUCGGCGGCCCACUCGGUGACGUACGAGGACCCGGACGUGCACCUGGGGCACCAUCCGCUGGUGAUGCGACAUCACCACCACCAUCACCAUCACAAUAUGGAGCUCCAUCAUCCCAAGCAGCUGCACUAUCCGAGUGGUUACCCGAUGCCACGGUCGCCACCGCUAUUCAUUUGCUCGUCACCGGGGCCGGACCCGUACCGAUCCCAUGACAACGUGUACGAGGAGUUGGAGCAUCCGCGGGACACGGACUCGGAGCCACCGGUGCAGUCGGACGACGACUUUGCCGAGGACGAACUGAGCCUACCGGGUGACCGGUCGUUUCAUAAAUCAUCUUCGGACGGUGGCACGACGGUGGCCACAAUCUAUCACGACCGAAGCGCCAGCAGUAGCAACGGGGGCGCCAACACGGACCAGUACAUGGAGCGGAACCGGACCGAACGCAAUUCGCUCCUCUCGUCGUCGUCAUCCGGAAAUGAUAAUAACCUGAGACAAGCGGGGGCGGCCGGUCCGAGCAAUGGCAGUGUGGCGAGUGGCGGUGCCGGGGGAAGCAGCGGCAGCAGUAGCCACAACAAUAGAAAUUCAAACUCUAGCAGCGAAUGUGCUAGCAGCGCUAGUGGGAACAACAACAAUCCUAAUGGCUGCGUCAGCGGCGGCAGUGGCAGCGGCAGCAGUAGCAACAACAACAACAAUAAUAGCAAUAGUAGUGGAACCAAUAAUAAUAGCAUCGGUGGACUGUUUCGUUCUAGAAAGCAGCAACCAUCGACACUGGGAAGUGGAAGGGGCAAUAAGCAUUUGAACAAUCUGAACUCGUUGGCCGAGCCGCCUUGUGAGGUAGCUCAUGCACUGCCAACGGGGUGCGACGAGCGAGCUAUGAUGACGCUGCCACCAUCCUAUCAGGCAGCGGCGGCGGCUAGCCGAACCAGUCCGAAUAAUUUGAACAAUAUCAACAAUAACAGCUUUGUGAAUAGCAAUAGUUUGAAUAACAAUAGCAGCCGAGGCAAUUACUACAGUACAAUAGACGACGAUUGCGAUCCGGUGGAACGGCGGAACCGAAUCAACGCGCAACUGUCGGCUUCGGCUGCAGCCAUCAACAAUGGCGGUCCAGGCGUGUCCACCAUCUUCCGCAACAUACGACCACCCCACAACCACAAUCAUCAUAAUCACCAAACAACGAACGCCAGCAGUCGAUCGCGGACGAACCCUCGUACCCUCGAUCGACGGCGCUACCUUAUCAACAACAAUAACAACAAUCAUACCCCUGGUUCCAACCUAGCGGUGAUAUCAUCCCAAGACCCCACCCAGUACAUCUACCACGAGCCGGUUUUCCACGAAGGACUCAUCUACGAUGCCUGCCUAUCGUACAGCGACCGAAGUAGCGGAGGAAGUGCCGGUCCCCCGUAUCCGUACGUCCUGCCGCAGUUCACCACCUUCCGGAAUCACCACGGUCCGCAGUCGACGGCCAUCUACUCGAGGGACAGCAGCUUCGGGUCCGACUCCGGCUACAGUCAGCACACGCAGGCGUCGAACCGCAGCGUUGGCGGCGGCUGGAGCCGGAAUCGACCGCCGCAACCAACGCCACCGCCGCCGCCGUCUCUACAGCGGAACCCACCGGAUCCGCAACCGACGGCGGCGACGGAUUCUUGAGGAAAAGUGACUCCCCUGGCAGCGACGCUGAUUUCGCAGCUCGUGUGCGGCAAAGUUUUCAUCUGAAGCUGUGCAGGUGUACCAACCAACCAUUCACUAAACUGUUGUUGAUGUUGAGCCCCGGGACUCAAGUAAACUCUUCCGGGUUGUAGGUAUUAGGUAGUAAGGUCAGACUGGUGACAGAAGAUGCGUAGAUUUAAGACGAAAUGAAAUGUGAUUUUAAUUUUAAUGUGAAACCCCUUCCCCUGAAGAAACCAUUGACUAAUUUGAACUCUUGAAUCGGAUUUAACGAUGUAAACUCAUCCAUUCAUGGGCAUGCGUACUAGUGUGGUUCAAAAAAUCGGUUUUGCUUUUUGACUUCUUGUUUGUUUCUUGGUCAGAUUUGAGGUGUUCGCUUUCAAUUUAAUUUCAUUUUGCUGAAAACUGGCCCAAAUUCA